AUGGAAGUGGUCGAAAUCCCGGUGCGAGCGACGUCUGCUGAUGGCACGGACCGCGACGACGUCGUCGAGCUCGGCUGCAACUGGGGCGUGGGCAUCGGCGGCUCGCUCUGGACAAGCGGGCGUCUUAUGGUUGACUACUUCUCACGCAACGUCCGGGCCCGCCAGCAGCUUCAAGGCGCCAGCGUGCUCGAGCUGGGCAGUGGCACAGGCCUCGUUGGCCUUGCGCUCGCGUGCAUGGGUCCUGCCAGCGUAGUGUUGACCGAUCUCGAAUCACACGUUGCGGCGCUCCAAGCUAACGUCGAGCGCAACUCAGCGCGGUUCAGCGACGGAACGCUCGUCUCAGUGGCGGCGCUCGACUGGAACACGGCGUCGGCCGACGACGCGACAGCGCCACUCGACUGGAUUGUCGGUACGGACAUUGCGUACAUGCCCGAGUUCUACGCACCGCUAUUGAAGACGCUGCAGCUGCUGGCGGGCCCAAACACGCGCAUCCUUGUCGGUCUCGGUCGCCACGACACAGACAUGCGUUUUUUCCGGCUCCUUCAAGACGCUGGCUUCUCGUACUACAAGGUCUCAGACGAGCUCGUCUCGGAAGAGUUUCGGGGCAAGGACUUUGGCCUGUUUGAGAUCCAACGCGUGUAAAUGCUGUACAUGCGCAUGACCUCCGCAUGGCCGAGGUGCUCAACCGCAAACAAACGACGUGCGAGUCACUAUUGCAUCGAUCAACCAGCUCUGUUAUCUUUGAAAUCGUACU